AAUGGAUUCAUACGCCUCUUCAUUCGAAUCUCCUAUUAGAACGCUUUUCAACGGCCUACUUGAAGGCAUAGAUAACGAGCAAAUAAGUCCAAUCACUUCGAAUUUUUUAAAUGAAGAAUCAUCUAAUUUCAAUGAUAAUCACUAUUGUUUAACUCAAGUAACGUCGUCAUUUUCGGAUUUAGUUAGUUUAAGUAAAGAUUGGAGUGAUUAUACAAAUGUCGAAUGGAAAUUGAAAGAUUAUAGCGAUGACGAAGAUCUUUCGGAAUGCGUUCAACCUAGUGAAGUUACACCACCUUCCGAAUCGAAGCGCUGUCCUAAAACUAGGAGAGGCCGUAAGAAGAACAAGAGCGAUUUAGACGCAGCAUUUCAUCCACCAAGUCCGGCUGAUAGUGGUGUAUCGGUUUCUGAUCCAGAAUUACAAGAUUUAAAUUUAACGAAUAACUACAACGAUUUCUGCUCAACACCGAAUCCGCCCUAUGCAACGAACGAACAGCAAACGCCAGUAAAACGCGGCCGUAAAACCGCCACCACUUACACGCCGAAACGAAAGCGCGAAAGUUCAACAACGUACCUAUGGGAAUUCCUGCUAAAACUAUUACAGUCUCCUCAAUACUGCCCUCGAUUCAUUAAGUGGACUGAUAGGGCCAACGGUACAUUUAAAUUAGUUGAUUCAAAAGCCGUUUCAAGACUUUGGGGAUUACAUAAGAAUAAACCAAGCAUGAACUACGAGACAAUGGGUAGAGCUCUCAGGUAUUAUUACGCUCGUGGAAUUCUCAAUAAAGUUGAUGGUCAACGUUUAGUGUAUCAAUUUGCUACUGUUCCUACGGACAUCGUUGAAAUCGACUGUACGAACGUUUAG